AUGGCAGGUCUGAAAGAGGAGAAAUGCAGAACGGAAUUUCGCCAACGUGUCUAUUCAUGGUUGAGUACGGACCAAGAAGAAUUUUGGCGAUUGGCAGAUUCCUUGGAAAAGUGCAUCCAAGAGACUGCAAAGAAAAUGCUUCUGGUUCUAAUGUUGCGGAAGAAGGAUAACUUCAAAAGCUUGCUGAACCGACAGGCGCCGUCAGUUCCUGAAGUCGAGCACGUUGAGAGACCAACAUAUGCGAUUAACGAAGAACCACUGACCGAGUCGGAGGUUCUGGUAUGUAUCCAAAAGACGAGAAAUGGAAAAUCUAGUGGAGAUGACCUGAAAUAUCUUCCUCCGUCUGGGAUUCGCCGUCUUCUCAACGCGCUUCGCGCCGAUGGAGUACCGGAAAAGUUCGUCCGCUUGCUUGACGACAUGAGUCAACGAACAACUGCUGCAGUUCAAACACCAGCCGGAUGUACAACUCUGUUUGAGGUGGUAACUGAAGUAAGACAAGGGGCAGUGGCAGGAUCCUUCUCCUUCAAUUUCGCCAUCGACGACAUCAUGCGAAGAACAGUGUCCUGCCGAUACCAUUCUAGCUCCAUCAGCAUUCCAUUGACCGAUCUCGAGUACGCUGACGAUGUUGUUAUAUUCGCAGAAAACAGUACGAAACUUCAACAUGUUGUAAACCUUCUACCGAAGUUGACUGCAGCCUAUGGGCUACGUCUACGCCCUGGGGGAAUUACCGUGGAUGGACAACUGAUCGAACUUAAGUUCUGUUAUCUGCGCUGUGCGCUGAAGAAGAACGGCAGCUAUGAAAACGAUAUCCAGCGAAGAUGCGCUAAGGCCAUUUCUGCAUUUACCAAAAUGCUUGUGGACAACUCCCAUCACCAACGAAAUCAAGCUGCGAGCCUAACUAUCCGCAGUUCACCCUAUAAUGAUGCACGGAUCGGAGACAUGGGUAGCACCAUCUACGAUGAUGGAGAGGCUUGA